AUGAUGGGACACUCGACCGGUAUCGAGGUGAGCAUCCUGCUUGAUUCAGCCCAUUCAAUACUAAUCCCCAAGAAUCAGAGAGAAGCUUCAAGCAGUGACGAAAAUGAUGACCUCCUGGUCAUUGGCAUUGACUUUGGAACGACUUUUUCGGGAGUAGCUUGGACUACCAGCGAGGAAUUCAAGAAAGGUGACAUCAACACAAUCGUCAGCUGGCCUGGUACAGGGUUUGAAGAGGGCAAAGCACCAACAGAGCUUUACUAUGACGGCGACACCAUGAAGUGGGGUUACAGUGUUCCGGCAGAAGCCGACCCCAUCCGCUGGUUCAAGCUUCUCCUUCUCAAAGACGAAGACCUCGGCCCAGAACUUUGCUCCUCCGAGUUCAUCAUCCGCGCCAAGAAGAUGUUGCGAAGCUUGAAGAAGAAUGCCAUUGAUCUGGUCGCUGAUUACCUGGGCGCGUUGUUCAAAUAUGUGAUUCAGACGAUUAACAAGUCCAGGGGCAAGGAAGUCGUUGACGCCAUGAGACUACACGUUGUCAUCACCGUCCCGGCGAUAUGGAAGGGAUAUGCGAGGGAAGACAUGAUAACAGCUGCAAAGAGGGCAGGCAUCCUCACAACUCGCGUGGCCGGCGAGACUACAUUGACCCUAGCUCCUGAGCCUGAAGCCGCUGCUCUAUCCACCCUGAGUGAGCGAGGCCGGAAGGUGAACAAGGGCGAUGUGUACAUCAUCUGUGACGCCGGUGGUGGCACUGUGGAUCUCAUCAGUUACCAAAUCGAACAGAACAGCCCUAUAUCAAUGCACGAGGCCGUCGAAGGAACAGGCAGCCUGUGCGGUGGGAUUUUCAUAGACGAGGCUUUCGAACAAAUGUGCAGCGAUCGCUUGGGCCUCAAAUGGAACCACCUGAGCAGGGCCGGGAUCAAAAAGAUUAUGAAGAGCGAGUGGGAGGCUGCCAUUAAGCCACAAUUUGCGCCCGGUCUGUCUCACAAAGAAUACAUUGUGGAGAUUCCAGCCGAAGCUUUCCGCAACUCGGAACUCGAUGAUUCCAGCAGAGAGCCCAUUAUCAGAAAUGGAAAAAUCCACUUCAAAGAAUCUCACAUUCAGGAUGCCUUUACGGAAUCCUUCACCGGUAUUGACCAGCUUCUCGAAAAGCAAAUGAAGAUGGCGGCAAGUUCAAAGUUGAGAAUCAACGGAAUCAUCCUUGUCGGCGGAUUAGGUGCUAGUCCGUAUCUCUACGAGCAUCUGAGUAAGAAACACGCUCCGGCAGGAAUAUCCAUAUUGCAGUCGAGAGGCAUGCAACCCCGAACGGCCAUUUGCCGCGGCGCAGUUCACAAAGGGUUCCUAGACGGUAGCCGGAUUCAAGAACACGCCCUGAUCAAGCAUGACGGUUACCGGGUCAAGGCACCUAUUCGUGUAACGUCGACAGUGUCGCGGUCGAGCUAUGGAGUUCCGUACAGCGCCACAUUUGACAGGAACCGACAUAUCCAAGAUGACAAGGAGUAUGACAUGGACCUGGGAGUGUGGAGAGCCAGGAACCAAAUAGAUUGGUUUUUGAGAAGGGGCGACGACGUUUCGCAAAAGGAUCCGGCCAAAUUUUCGUAUUUUGAGAUUUUCAGAGAAGAUUUCGGGGGGCAUUUCUCUGUUGACAUUUGGGCCUGCGAUGAGAUGGAGGUGCCGGUUCGACGUACGUUCCACGUCAACGACUUUUGCAAGAUUGAAUGCAAGCUCGACAUUCCGUUCUCGAGUCUUCCCGAUAUCAAAACCAUUGAUGGGACGAUGGCAAAGAAGAUGACCUACGAGGUAGAAAUGAUUCCUUCGGGAGCUUCCAUGGAAUUCGCCGUCUAUAUUGACGAGAAGAAACAAGGUAGCCACAACGUCAGGGUCCGGUUUCAAUGA